CCCUUUAACAAUCAGACUGUGCAGCUCCCUUGCGGGUAGGGGGAGAAAUCGCGUGUCCGCUACCCAAUGACAGUGCAGGAUGCUGAGACCGGUGUGAAUGGAGGCUGGAAGACGCCACUGUCUCUGGAUGGUGAUGGAGAGGAACUAAUGGUAGAAAAAGAUCUGUCGAUGUCGAGGUCCUUCACCCACACAGGCAUGCAGUGAGCCGCCCAUGUGUGUUACAGAGUGAGGGUGCACUGUGAUCGUCGCAGCGUGCCCCUGGUAAGGACUCCGUGGCAAGCGUCCGGCCGGCCCAGGCCACACCUCCCACACCCAGGACAUGUACGGCAGCGCCAGAGCGGUCGGCCACAUCGAGAGCAGCCCUGCACGGUCCCCGCGCCUGCCUAGGUCCCCCAGGCUGGGCCACCGGAGGGCCAACAGUGGGGGCGGGGGCGGUGGAGGGGGUAAGACGCUCUCCAUGGAGAACAUCCAGUCACUGAACGCUGCCUACGCCACGUCCGGGCCCAUGUACCUAAGCGACCACGAGGGAGUGGGCUCAACCGCUACCUACCCUAAGGGCACCAUGACGCUGGGGCGAGCCUCCAACCGGGCCAUGUACGGGGGCCGCGUCACGGCCAUGGGCAGCAGCCCCAACAUCGCCUCGGUGGGGCUGGGCCACCACGCUGACCUGCUGUCCUACAGCGACCUGGGCUCCCUGUCCAUGCUGCAGCACCACCACCACCACCCUCAGGGGGUGCCGUCAGCCCUGUUGCGGCAGGCUGUGCGAGGCAGUGGGGGGGAACUCCUGGAGAUGCAGGCCACACUCCGGGACAUGCAGCGGGAGAACGACCUGCUGAGGAGAGAGCUGGACCUGAAGGACAGCAAGCUGGGCUCGUCCACCAACAGCAUCAAGAGCUUCUGGAGCCCCGAGCUGAAGAAGGAGAGGAUGAUACGCAAGGAGGAGGCGGCGCGCACCUCCGUCCUCAAGGAGCAGAUGAGGGUGACUCACGAGGAGAACCAGCACCUGCAGCUGACCAUCCAGGCCCUACAGGACGAGCUGCGGACCCAAAGGGACCUGAACCACCUACUGCAGCAGGAGAGCGGCGGCCGCUCUGGGGACCACUACACCAACAUCGAGCUGACUGAGGAGAACUUCAGACGGCUACAAGCCGAGCACGACCGCCAGGCCAAGGAGCUGUUCCUCCUGAGGAAGACCUUGGAGGAGAUGGAGCUGCGGAUCGAGACCCAGAAGCAGACACUGGGGGCCAGGGACGAGUCCAUCAAGAAGCUGCUGGAAAUGCUCCAGAGUAAGGGUCUGCCUGGGGGGCCAGGCAGGGUCAAUGAGGAGGAGGAGCAGGAGAGAGCCAGGCGCAUUGCUGAGGCCGAGGCUCAACUUGGACACCUGGAGGUCAUCUUGGACCAGAAGGAGAAGGAGAACAUCCACCUCCGAGAGGUGUUCUCCCAGGAACUGCACAGGAGAAACCAGAUGCACCAGGACCCUGGCAAAACCAAAGCCCUCCAGACCAUCAUAGAGAUGAAGGACACCAAGAUAGCAUCUCUGGAGCGCAACAUCAGGGACCUGGAGGAUGAGAUCCAGAUACUGAAGGCUAACGGCUUGCUGAACACCGAGGACAGAGAGGAGGAGAUCAAACAGAUGGAGGUCUACAAGAACCACUCCAAGUUCAUGAAGACCAAGAUUGACCAGCUGAAGCAGGAGCUGUCUAAGAAGGAGUCUGAGCUGCUGGCCCUGCAGACCAAGCUGGAGACCCUGAACAACCAGAACUCGGACUGCAAACAGCACAUAGAGGUGCUCAAAGAGUCUCUCACUGCCAAGGAGCAGCGCGCCGCCAUUCUGCAGACAGAGGUGGACGCCCUGCGCCUGCGUCUGGAGGAGAAGGAAUCCUUCCUGAACAAGAAGACCAAGCAGCUGCAGGACCUGACGGAGGAGAAGGGCACGCUGGCCGGAGAGAUCCGUGAUAUGAAGGACAUGCUGGAGGUCAAGGAGAGGAAGAUCAACGUCCUGCAGAAGAAGAUUGAGAAUCUGCAGGAGCAGCUGCGUGAUAAGGACAAGCAGUUGGGGAACCUGAAGGACAGGGUGAAGUCCCUACAGACUGACUCCAGUAACACUGACACGGCCCUGGCCACCCUGGAGGAGGCACUCUCUGAAAAGGAGCGUAUUAUAGAGAGACUGAAGGAGCAGAGAGCGAGGGAGGACAACGAGAGGAUGGAUGAAGUGGAGUCUUAUAAGAAGGAGAACAAGGACCUCAAGGAGAAGGUCAACACCCUGCAGCUGGAAUUAACAGAGAAGGAGUCCAGUCUCAUUGACUUAAAGGAGCACGCCUCAUCCCUGGCCUCCUCCAGCCUGAAGAAGGAGUCCAAGCUCAAGUCUCUGGAGAUGGCCAUCGAGCAGAAGAAAGAGGAGUGUAGUAAGUUGGAGACACAGUUACAGAAGCAAGCAGAGCAGCUGUUCAGUCAGAUGAACAACCCUAAGGCCCACGAGGUCCACGAGGUCCAACAGCAGCAGCAGAUGGCGGGGCUGGGCUCCAGGGGGAACCCAGACUACGUGGAGCGGGAGCGGGAACAGCGGGUAAAGCUCCUGGAGAAGGAAGUGUCCUACUACAAGGAGGAGUCUGGCAAGGCCCAGGCGGAGGUGGAGAGGCUACUAACCAUCCUCCGAGAGGUAGAGAGCGAGAAGAACGACAAGGACAAGAAGAUCGCCGAGCUGGAGAGCCUAGCACCCAGGCAGGCCAAGGAGCAAGUUACUAAGAAGGGGGGUCCCAACCUCAAACUAGGCCCCCAAGGGGACAAGAAGCCUGGUCAGAUAGUGGGGGAUCCUCGAAAGGACAACACCAUGGACUCAGGACAGCAUGUAAAGCUGGAGGAGAUGAUGAACACCCUGGAGAGGACCAGACAGGAGCUGGACGCCACCAAGCAGCGCCUCUCGUCUACCCAGCAGUCCCUGCAGGAGAGAGACGGUCACCUGACAAACAUGAGGCAGGAGCGCAGGAAACAGUUGGAGGAGAUCCUGGAAAUGAAGCAACAGGCCCUGUUGGCAGCUAUCAGUGAGAAGGACGCUAACAUUGCUCUGCUAGAGCUGUCUGCCUCUGGGAAGAAGAAGACCCAGGAAGAGGUUUUGGCUCUGAAGAGGGAGAAGGACAGACUGAUGCACCAACUCAAACAGCAGACACAGAGCAGGAUGAAGCUGAUUGCUGACAACUAUGAAGACGACCACUACCACCCCCAUCCUCCUCACCACACCCAACCCCAGCAACCCCACCCGGGCCCCCAGGCUCAGCUCCCCCAGCCACAGUAUCAGCACCCUCCUAACCCCCAGCAGCAGCAACAGCCUCCAUACCCCCAUGCCCCACACUCCCAGCACCCCCAGCCCCCACCCCAACAACACCCGCACCCCCAGCAGCCUCAACAGCAGUACCCCCCUCAUCCACAGCAGCAUCCACAGGGGCAUCCCCAACAGCCUCCGCCUCAGCACCAACAACACCAACCACGGCCCCAGCACCCGCAACAAGCACAGCACCCACACCCACAACAACAACACGCCCACCCAGGACAGCACCCCCAUGGGCCUCCACCACAGCAGCAGCACCCCCACCUACAACAGCACCUCCAACAGCACCCACAACAGCAUCCACAGCAGCACCCCCACGGCCCCCCUCUGCAAGCUCCCCACCCCCAGCACCCACAUCCCCAGCAGCACCCCCACCACCCUCCACACGCUCCGCAACAGCACGGCGGACACCCCCGCCACCCGCCCCCACACCACCGCGGAGGACCAGGGCCUGCCAGAGGACCCCCCCAUGCCGGCCAUCGCCCCUCCCCCGACCAGGAUGACGAGGAGGGCAUUUGGGCGUAAUCGUGUCCAUGACAACCAAAGCUCUGACGUUCGGAGGGAUGAUUCAGUUACUGUUGGAGGAGCACAGCCAUUCCAUGAUGCUGAAAUACAUUGACUACCUACCAACCUUUUGUUACCACCAUACAAUCCACACUUCAAUGGGGCCUUUAUUUUUAUUUUUUGAUGAGGAGGAGGAGGAGGAAGAGGAGGGAUGAAGCAGGUGGGAGGGCCAGAUGAGGAGACUGAUAGUUGAGGUGACUGAAGAGCCAUCAUGUGAAGAGGGGCAGCUGCAGCUCUUUGAGAGUGACUCUGGGGAGGAGGAGUCUUCCAGCAGACACAUAGGUGUUGUGAAGUUAGACUGGGUUGGACAGACUGGGCCCCACUCAGACAGACAGAUAUCUGGGCUGUCUGGUCUCAGCUCUGUGGUUCUGCUCACACAGCCAAACUCACACAACCACUCUGGUAUAGUUGUCAAGAUGCUCAGCUCACCUGUCUGUCACCUGACGUCCCUACAGAGCCCCACCCACUCUCAUAAGACUAGCUGCACUCUUCACCCACUUGGCUAAGAUCUAACGACUGGCUCUGCCCUGUUUACAUGAGGUGCGUUCAGUUCAAUUGAACAUUUGCUACAUUGCGGAACAGUUUGUACUGAACAAAACGUUUCCCCAAAACAUUCUUGUACGUUCUUGAACAGACUUCUAGGUACGUUUCCUCCCGUUUGGGCGGGUGUGGCUUGAAGCAAUGAGUGACAUAUUUAAAGGGAAGUGGCCAUGUUGACAGCAGUCAUUCAGUACAGCACUGUUUCUGUUCAAUGGAACGUUCCAGAACGUAAAAAUGUACUGAACCCAGUCCUGGCUUGCUCCCCCGUUCUCACCAACCUGCAUCUAAUUGGUUCACUCUCCUGUCUCCGCCUGCUUUGCUUACCUGAGCUUUUCACCUGAUUAGUUCCUCUGUAUCAACAGUCCUUUCUCUGAUUGGUUCACCUGACUGGCUCCGCCCUGUUUACCUGAUUGGCCCCACCCUGCUGACCCCCGGCUGGCUGUGAUUGGCCCCCUUGCCUGGCAGGCUCCACCCUACUGACAGUCAAACACAGCAGCUUCACAGUGCUUCUUUUACUAUGUUGUGUUUUGUUGUUUUCUCUUUGUCAGAGAUAGCCUGCUCUCUUUCCACAUAUUUAAUGAAGUGCCGUACAGUUACAGCUUUAGUUCACAUUUACAUAUGCGUUAACAGCUAACCUACUUCAGAGGAAGUUCCUUUGCUGUAUGUCUAAAAGUGAAGUUGUGCUACUUAUUUUUUUAUUUUUUUAAUCUGUUGAGUCUGUUUCAUUUGCAGUGCUUGACCAUGGCUAUGAGUGCUUUGUGCAAAGUGAAUCAGAACAAGGAAGAGCUCUUAUCUGAACGAAGCAGCCACUAGAGCUCUAAUCUGACCAAUGGGCAGCCACGGUCCUUGCCUCGACUACUGAAGGUUUCCCUGUGCCGUUAAUGUGCAGUCUGGCAUGGCCUUAUGGGCAGGGCCCUGUCUUGGGGGUGUCGCAGGGACUUUGGGCUUAGGGCUGCCAUCUGUGUAUCUCUCCUGUUACCUCAGUUGAACCAGAUGCAGUCAGAACUCCAAUCUAUGCAGACGUCAGAACUAAUAAUGCCACUUUGAAUCCAGUCAUGAGUCAAGGGCACCAAUCAAAAAGUGUUUAGAUGUAUUAAAGCAGCACGAGUACCAAUCAGAAUGGUCUAUUCAGAACAUACACCAAUCAGAUAACGUUGUUAUAAUGUGUUUCUCAGCGUGAUAUGCACCUAUGCACCUCCUCCUCCCCUGUUGCAGGGAUACUUCUAAUGGUGCUUUAGAUCACUGGUGCUCACACAACAUGGUGUCCAACCAGAGAAACAGCUGAGAGACAUGGCCAUUGGACAUUGUGCAUCCAUGUCAUUCAAUAGGGAGUUGAUCCCAAAACCUGAUGUGCUUAUAAACUGUAGAAGACUGUGUUGUACAUAGAAUCAGCUGGAGAGACUCUGAGGAAAUGGUGCAAGGAGGCUAUAGAUUUUAUAUGUUUGAUGCCAUCCAUGGACACCCAUGAGAUUUCCUGCCAUACCUUUACAGCCAUCUCUCCUGCUCAUUGACUGCCUCCUUCCUCCUCCUCAACUUCUUCAUCUCCCCUUUCUUCUUCUCUUUCAGCAGUCUGUGCUAACCCAAAUCCAAACCUAGUGACUCGUUUUGUCCUUCUCAACAAGGUGGCCUGUGCCUCAUUCAUAUAUAUAUAUAUAUAUAUAUAUAUAUAUAUAUAUAUAUAUAUAUAUAUAUAUAUAUAUAUAUAGAGAGAGAGAGAGACAGAAAGGUCUAUGUAGUGUGUCUAUGUGUGGUCAGAAUAUUGUCAGUAACAAAACAUAUUGAGGAUAAAAAUACAUGUUUUAUUUAAUUUUUCUAACUGUCCAAAGGAUAGAGAAAACCCUUAUUCAGUGUGUGAAGUGACGUAUGUGACUUUCCUCUGUUUGUACAAGAAAAAACUCCUUAGCAGCAAGCAACAUUCCCUGUCUGUGGUUCUCACAAAGGAUAGUCUGGCCUAAGAAACCUUGAGACACAGCCCAAUGCAAAGCAGUGAGAAAAUGAUUCCAUUCUCAUUUAGAAGAGCUAAUGUUACAUUCCUGUUGCAGUGUGAGAAAUCUAUUUUGAGACUCUCUCACACACACACACACACACACACACACACACACAUACACACACACACACAUACAUACACACACACACAUACAUACAUACAUACAUACAUACAUACAUACAUACACACACACACAAUUGGGUUAGUGAGACCUUAGUCUUCUCACAGAGGGGAAGACAUUCUAUUUUUGCAGCUCACUAAAGUAGCAAAGAGACUAUUUUCUGCAGCACAGCAGAUAGAAACUUGCACUUGUGAGUGAGGACUAUCACUACCUUUGUUAAAAAGGAGGUUUGGAGUGACUCUGUCGUUGCAUAUGCAUUGUCCAGCGGUCUCUGUGUUUUGUUUGUUGUUGUCUUCAUGCUGUUGUGUACCCAGAUGUGGUGACAUAUGUGACAGUUGAGUGUGUAGAAAACCACACUUCUAGUGAGAAAACAUCCAAGACUGUUACAUCCCCCCACUCCCACCACCACCACCACCACCACCUGCCCCCCUCCGUCCUCCAUGGUGUGUGUGUGUGUGUGUGUGUGUGUGUGUGUGUGUGUGUGUGUGUGUGUGUGUGUGUGUGUGUGUGUGUGUGUGUGUGUGUGUGUGUGUGUGUGUGUGUGUGUGUGUGUGUGUGUGUGUGUGUGUGUGUGUGUGUGUGUUUCCCUCCUUGUGGCUGAUAUCGUAACUGUUGUAGAAAAGUGCCCCAUCCUCCAUUGGGAUCCAAACAGAAGUGAUCCCUAUACGAUCGUCACCUCAACACAGAAUACAGACAGGACAGUUGCCUCACAACUCCUCCUCCGAUUGACUAACAAUCACCAGUUCGGAUUAAAUCAAAUUGAAGAAAAUAAAGGCGUUGUGUGGAUGUUGUAUUUGUGUUUUCAAUGUCAGAGAUUGGUACUAAUGAUCUGUAAAAGGAAAGGCAAUCCAGAAGAGCACACGGAUGGAGGCGCGAAUAACCUCUGACUUUACCAUCAUGGGGAACGGAUUCAGAAUCCUCAAUUUUCAGGUCAUUUACAACUGAAUACUUGAAGUAGGGGGUUCUCCUACUAUGAGAAGUGAAUAUCCAGCACUUGGUAUAUAGAACACGGUAGAACACGUGGAACACUUCAUUGUGCUGAUGCAUGCAGAUUUUUACGUAAUGUGCCAACUGAGUGUGAAAGGUUGGGGAGAAUCUCCUAUCCUCUAUGCAGAGUGAGAUCUUGAGGUACAAUCAAACUGUUAAGGUUUCAUCAAUGGCCUAUCAGUUAACAUACAUCAGGGUUGUGUUCAUUAGGGCACGCAAUGUUUUAAAAUGUUUAGCAACGGAAAAUGAGAAUGAGCCUUUCUCAUCGGACAAGUCCCAAGUAAUCCUUCCCUGUAUCAGUGCAUUUUUUUUCUGUUUGGUGCCUAAUGAACAUGACCCAGGAGUUGAAGGCCAACAGACAUCACCAAUAGUAAUUGAAGGAGUAAAAGACCUGGUUCAGAGUAUGAGAAGCCUAAUACAGGAAAACAGAUUAACUUUCUUUGUCAUGUACAAGUUGCAUUUGAUUUAUUGUAUGAUGUUGAAAAUGCAAACCUUUGGAUGAAACAAAACACUGUGACCAACGCCAGAUUUUUCUUUUUUUACUGAACAAUUGCGUUAAUUUUUUGUAUUUAAGUUUUUCUUGAUUACAUUUUUUUUUAUCAGUUUGGCUUAUUGAAUAUGUCAGUUUGGGACUGUACUAUUUGUAAUAGUAAAUGUUUUCUGCUGUACAGUAAAGAUUUAGGAACAAGAUAAAUGUGUGUCCAGCAUGCUGAAUGAUUACUUGUGUGAACGUGGGCUUAUUUCCCAUGAUGCUCCAGUUCUCAUACAUGAAUUGCCUCUGCAUCGUGACAGUGUGAUGUUGUGUUUGAGAGUGGUGUGUGUCUCCUCACCUUCCGUGUCCCCCUAGUAGACAACCUGUGCAGUGUUAUGAGAGAGGCGGCAUAUUUUUGGGGUGUUACGCGUGUAAAUCUGUGAAGUGUGUGUGUGUGUGUGUGUGCGCAUGCAUACGUGUGUAUGUGUACUGUAGGUGUGUGUGCGCGCAUGUGUAAGAGCUAAAGAAAUAGUGAGAGAGAAUCAAAACACUCUGUUGCAGGAAACCCCCUGAGAGAAAGAGAGAGAAUGUUAUGUUCAGCAUGGAUACUGUGUUUUCAAACCUACUGUAGGAGGCUGUGUCCACUGCCCCAGACGUUUGCUAUUGUAUGUGCUGUAUCAGAAUAUUACUAAUGAGUGUUGGCCAGCUUGUUUAUAUUCAUUCAAUAAAGGUGACUUUCUUUCAGACGUG